UAAAGUAAGAGCUUCUGCAAUUUAUAUUCAGUUUAAUUUUGAAUUAGUGAUUCUUGUCUGUGAAACUAUAUUAGUGUAACAACAACAGUGACAAUGGGAGGCAAAAAAUCAUCAUCCAACAAAUAUCGUAAAGAUUAUCGUGGCCGUAACGACGGCUCACUCCAAACGUCCGACGACGAUUCUUAUCCAAAUGACAACAUGAGCGUCGCCAGCAACUUCUCAGAAAACUGUAGCGUCGAAGACAACGUCACCGACGAAUUCGCUCAGGACCAGCUCGAAGACAAACUAACCGACAUCAUUGACGGUCUGACUCAGAAAUCGUCUCAGGGUCGUACGAAUUGCUACAAAACCUUCACCAAAGGUUUAAUAAACAAGUACAUGCCCAAUUUUAUCAAGGACCGGACUUUUACCUUGUGCGAUUGCAUAGAGAAGAGCUUGAAAAAGGGAGGAGCUGACGAAAAGUGCGCUGCUGCUGAUUUGGCUACAAUUAUGUGCGUACAAUUGAGUAGCGAUUCUACAAGUGAAGAUAUUUGUAGAACUUUGAAACCUAUUUUAUUGGCCAUGGCUUGUGAUAAUUCUGCUUCACCUAAAGUUAGAGCUAAUUGUUGUUUAGCUUUGGGUAAUAUAUCGUUUAUUUCAAAUGGAGAUAUGGCUGAAAAUUUGGCACUAAUGCAACAAUUUGAAACAAUAUUUUCUGGUAGUUACCUAAAAGGAGAUGGUUCGGUGCCAACUACUAGUGCAGAAACUGGGGCUUUGCACGCAGCUGCUUUAAAUGCUUGGGCAUUGCUUUUUACUUUGAUUGUGCCUGGAAAUAUUGGCACUAUGAUGAAUAAUUCAAAAACUUUACCUAAUCUAGAACACAUAUCUGAAUUACUUGAAUCAGCACAUUUAGAAGUUAGAAUGGCAGCUGGUGAGGCUUUGGCAUUAAUCUACGAAAUUGGUAGAGAAGAAAGCGAUGAUUUCGAAGACGAUUUUGCAUUGGAUUUAAUAGAAACCCUUAAACAACUGGCAACAGAUUCUCACAAAUACCGUGCCAAAAAAGAUAGAAAACAACAAAGAGCUACUUUCAGAGACAUUUUGCAAUUCAUUGAAGAAGAUAUGAUUUCAGAAGUGCAAAUAAAAUUUGGCAAAGAUGUUUUGACUCUUGAUACUUGGGUUAGAAGGAAACAGUAUGAUGCUUUGUGCAAUAUUUUGGGACCCAGUAUUAAUCAACAUCUGAUUGAUAAUGAUUUGCUCAAGGAUAUUUUUGAAUUUGAAACUACUGAGGCUGACUCUAAAUUGACUGUCACUGCUCAAAAUCGUUUGGAAAGGAAUAGAAAGAGAAUCUUGAAUGCUGCCAAUGACAAAGCGCGCACGCUAUCUAGAGCAAAGAACAGGGAUAAGCGUUCGGAUUUUUAAUGUAAAAAUUUCCAUCUUAUAAAAGUAGUAAAGUUUCAGCUUUCCUUAGUUAACUUAUUUUAUUCAUUAUGGAGUGAUUGUGCUUAGUUCAAUUUUAUUUUCAUAAGUAGCAAAUUCUUUUGGCUUAAAAAGUGUUAUCUAAGAAUAAGGUUAAUGUUGGUUCAUUUUUUCUAAACUGAUAAGUGAAAAAUAUAUCUUUAUUUGUUUUGCAAUUAGUGCGAAUUAAGUUUAAACAUCUAAAUAUUAUGUUGUGUAUUUUUAUUCCUAAUAAAUAUUCGGUUUGAUAAAAAUAA